AUUACAAAACACCCCCUGGUUUUCUCUGUUUUUAUUUUUAGGGCGAACUGGAAAAAAGAGAGGCGGAGGAAUCUGUCACCCAUGGCGUGUGGCUCGUCGAGGCAUGGUCUUCCGGCCUUCUUGAGCGCGGCUUCUAGGGUUGAUUUUGAAGGAGCCAUAUCCGAUGCCUCUUCCGCACCGUCGUCCUCGUCUUCUUCUCCUCCGCUGCCGAGAUCGUCUGAUUUCGAUAUGGGUUUUGUGGAGAGAGCGGUCUCCGCAGCCGGGGCUGCGGUUUUAUCUGCUGUUCUGGUUAAUCCUCUCGAUGUUGCGAAGACAAGGUUGCAGGCGCAGGCAGCUGGGGUGCCGUAUUAUAAUCCACAGCAUCGUAUAACUCAGCAUAUGGCAUCUCUUGGCCCCAAUGCGAUGUUUUCAGAUUUUAGAUGUUCUCCGUCAUGCCCUAGAGGUGUUGUUUUCGGUGCUGAGCCUGUUUGUCCUCCUGAUUGUUUUCAAUACAAGGGAACAAUGGAUGUCUUUAUCAAAGUUAUUCGCCAGGAAGGAUUUGCUAGGUUGUGGAGAGGCACUAAUGCAGGCCUCGCUUUGGCCAUACCAACUGUGGGGAUAUACUUGCCAUGCUAUGACAUUUUUCGUAACUGGAUUGAAGAUUUCACAACCAGAAAUGUACCUAGCUUGACACCGUAUGCGCCGCUGGUUGCAGGCUCAUUUGCACGCUCAUUAGCCUGCAUUACAUGUUCUCCAAUUGAGCUGGCAAGGACACGCAUGCAGGCAUAUAAAGAGUUUCAAGCUGGAGCAAAACCUCCAGGAAUGUGGAAGACCUUACUCGGUGUACUAUCCCCUAUUAGAAGUACAACUAACCUUCCAAAUUUGCAAGGAUAUCGGAUGCUUUGGACUGGUGUAGGCGCACAACUUGCUCGGGAUGUACCUUUUUCUGCAAUUUGUUGGGCAACACUGGAGCCGAAUCGCAGAAGACUUCUAAGAUUGGUUGGUGAGGAAGGCAAUGCAGCUAGUGUUUUGGGCGCGAACUUCUCAGCUGGGUUUGUUGCUGGUAGCAUAGCUGCGGCUGCCACCUGCCCUCUUGAUGUUGCAAAAACUAGGAGACAAAUUGAGAAGAAUCCUGAAAAGGCAUUAAAGAUGACUACAAGGCAGACAUUGUUUGACGUUUGGAGGGAUGGUGGAAUGAAGGGACUUUUUACAGGAGUGGGUCCACGUGUUGCGCGCGCUGGGCCAUCAGUCGGAAUUGUAGUUUCAUUUUAUGAGGUUGUUAAGUAUGUUCUACAUCAAAGGCAUAUAGAUUGAUCGGCAAAUCAUUGCUAACAAUUGAAGGAUAACUUUCCUCACCAAGCAGCCCUGAAAUGUUGUUGUUUCUGGAUGCUGAACAUCAUCCACAUUUGCCUUUUGAUAUUUCUCAGUAAAGAUGAAGAAGAAUAAUAAUUUCGGUUGAGAAGUUUUGCUGAUGCAAUUUGGAAGUCCAUCAUAAUUUAGGUGGUACUUUCUAACCGGAAGUUCCGAUUUUGACCUCA